CUAUUUUAUAAAGAGUGAACAUAAAGAGAGUAGGCCUAUCGUAUGUAAAAUUAAUGCUUUAUUUUCUUAAUUACGUCACAUCAACAUACUAGGCCUGCAGAUAUACAUUAUAAUUUCAACUACAACACGUGUAGUAUUGCAAUGAUUAACUUAUAGAGUAGUUGAAUCUAAAGUAUACACAAUGUAACUGAGCUUCUGAGAAAAUAAUGUCAAGUUCAUUUUAGUAGUGAGGAGUACGGUACAUAAGAAGCAAUAUCACCCCCUGUAAAAACUAGGGGGAAACAUACAAACCUACAAUCAGAGAUUACAAGAAAUAACUCUCGAUAAGGUCGGAAUUAUUCAUAGGCCUACUACAUAGGCCUCUUGAUAACUCAAGAUACCCACUAUAAUGUAUUAGACGGUAAUACUUCAGUACAUUAUAAAGGGGCAUGACCACAUCGCACUACACCAAUCAGUAAUCAAAAUUUGUUUUAUAAACGGAAGAUAUAUCCUGUUGCCCUACAAAGUAAUGUUGGAAUUACAACACAGUUGCUUAGUUUAAAACGCUGUUUGUGGAAGUGUAUUAUGAAAUGAUGUCAUUAGUAUAACGAGAAGACAUUCAACCGACAUUGAAUUAAACUAACAAUUGAAGACCUAACCACCACCUAAACACCAGUAGGCCUAUCGUGCGUUAGAAGAAAAAAACUCCCUGUUCUACUAUUAAUAUUUUAUUAACGCAGUAUGCAGCAGUGGAUAAAAUGUAUCCUUGUCGUCACUUGGAAGAUGGCAAUUGUUGAAGCACAGUGUCCUUCUGAAUUUGCUUGUACAGAAUUUGCGCCAUGGUGUUACUUGAUAUACCCAACAAACGAUGGCUGGAAAUACAAAGAUCCACAUGAAGUCAAUUAUGACGCAAGCAAGGAUGUUUAUGAAUUAGCAAACUGCUACAAAUUCAUAAGAGUGAAUGAACAAAAAGGCCUGGGAUCAUGUAUUAAUGUUCAGCAGAAAUGUGAAAAAUUAGGCGGCAACAUCACUGUAAUAAACAGCAUCGACGAGUACAAUCAGUUGACAAAUAACGUGCUACAUUUGCUUAGCGCCUGGCAGGAUAAUGACAGUACAUUCAAUGUUCAUGUUCAAAACAUCACGUUGAAUAAUAUUAGAAUGGGUUGCGCAACAAUUUUUAUAGAAGACGGAAUUUUAAUAAAUGGUAAAAAAAUUGUAAAUAGAGAUAAUACCACAACUGGUACAGUAGACACUAUCGUUUGCGAAUCCACAGAUAUGCGUCCCGUGCCAGCAACCAAAGUGAUGCCAAAAUCGUCGACAAAAUCAACAACACCGGUAUAUCAGACAACGCAUCCAUUGAAGAAUAAACAAUCUCAAAUAGAUGCUGGUCUUAACUUGUUGAUGAUUGCUAUUAUAUCGUCAAUUGUCGUGAUCGCAAUCCUUAUAAUAAUAACUUUCUUGUUUAUCCUACGUAGAAAGAAAAAGAAACAACCAGGGGUUUCAGGUAAUCCCAGUAAUCAUUUACCUUCUACAGACCUACCAAUCGCGGACGGACAGCAAGAUACAGGUACCGCUACCGUCUCUUACACCGAUGGUGUUGCUGUCCAUGAGUAUUCAACAGCAGAAAAUCUCAAUCAAGAUCAGAAUGAUGAGGCUUGUGAAAUACUUGAUGACAUACACAACAACAUACACUCACCACCUGUAACACUAGCUGCAGAUGAUGCAUAUGCUGUUCCAUAUAAUGACGUAGUAGAAAAAGAUGUCACGCGAGAUGAAGAUGGUACGCUCAUUGUCGAAGACAUGGAUUCGAUAGCUAUGAAACAAAAUGGAUUAGGUGCUGUUAUGUAUGCCGUACCGAAUAAAGGCCCAAAAGGACGAAAAGAGAAAGUAAAGCAAAGUAUAUACGAAGCCGACGAUACACUUAAUGUACAAUACGCUGACAUACAACAAGCGUCGGAUCAGUGGAGAAGAGAGCCAUAUGGCGCGUCGCACGGUGCAUCAUAUGAAAAUGUAAACGCACAAUCUCUCCAAGAAAGAAACCAUGAUUCCAUUAGCGAUACUGACAUUCAUUCAGGCAAUGAAAAUCCUGGUAACGAAUACAAUGUUCCUUAUAAGCACCCGGCUACAGGUGAUCGUCAACAAGAUCAUGACGGCUCCUACAAUAUGCUAAAUAUAGCUGAAGUUCAUUCUAAGUCUGGAAAACACAACAUGGGUUCAGCCAACGACUCUGGCAAGCUGAAUGCUGGAGAUCAUAUGCCGCCAGAAGACAACAUGUAUUCGUAUGUGGAGACUUCGGUAGGUGAGGCUAAUGCUUAUGACAAACUUCAGCGCAAUACAGAAUUGGUGCCGCUUUAAUAGAAAACAACCCGUAGAUCGUUCAUUCAUGUUCAAAUGUACUUAUAUAAAAAGAGGCUUUUCAAAGACAAGAAUGCACUCAAGGCAUUUUGUUCGUCCCUCCUACCACCCCAGUUCUCUAUUGGAGAUGCGUUAGGCCGCAAGUUAUCACAUAUAUUCUGGGGCGUUGGGCCUAAGUUAUUUACCUACGGUUUCACUUUACAAUGCAGGUAUAUCAAGAAAAACUGUUGGUACUAUGUUAUACCGUUGAAAUGUUAUGUUUUACAUUUAAAUACAACUCUCUUUACUUUCAUUAACUAUAUAAAUAUAUAAAUAUAUAAAUAUAUUGCAUAUUCAUUUAGAAUCUUUUUAAUUUUACAUCUCGAAUUUCAAUGGUGCAGGUAGGCCCUAAUCAUAACUUUUUUGCCAUUUUGUGUUAAUUGUAUUACUUUUUUGGUUGAUUAAGUGUAGCCUAUAUUAAUGUAACGAUUUGUUUCAUAUGUUUAUUUAUUUCUACUCUUUUACUUAUAAAACGUCCCAUUUAAAUCGUCGUAUGAUAUACAUAUAUCGAUUAUAUAUUAAUGUUUCCUUUAUAUUGUAUGUUUUAAAAUAUAUAUAUUUGAUUUAUAUAUUUAAAUAGUAGAGUUAUGUGAUAAAGCUUUACUACUACUAUUUUAAUUAAAUUUAUUCAUAUUUAUUGAUUAUAUAUUUUGUCAUUAAACAUCUGAUCAUUAAUAGGACAUUAUUACCUUCCUUUGUGUUUUAAAAAUCUUGAUUGUGUGUUCAAGGUAAUUUUUAAAUUUAUAUAUAUAUAUAUAUAUAUAUAUAUAUACUGAUAUAUAUACAGUAUACUGA